AUGUUCUCUCUUAACACAAUCGAUUCCGUUCAAAUAGGCGCCCCUGGAAGUACUUAUGUUUAUGAUAUUCUACCACUCACAGAAGGUUUAGCUGCGCUCUGUUCGGAUGAUGCAUUACGAAUACUUAAUCCACAAUCGUUAAGUGAGCCAUGCACCUUACUUAAAAAUGUCGGAGAGAGCACAACCUGUUUUCGAGCGUUUGAUACCACAUGUUUAAUAGCAGUUGCAGGACGAGAUGGCUUCGUUAGAUUGUGGGAUAUUAGAAGUGGGCAUAAACAGGUUGGAGAAAUCAAGGCCGAUGAUUCAUCUGCCAUACUAUCUUUGGCUAUUUGUCAGCCAUUCCGUUUGGCUACUGGUUCUGAGUUAACAAAUCAUCAGGCAUCAGUGGCGUUAUGGGACUUGAGGACUCUGGGAUCGCCAGUACUUCAGUACAAUGAAAGCCACAGCGAUGACAUUACCGAACUACAGUUUCAUCCUUUAUGUCCUAACCUUAUCCUCUCAGGCUCUACUGAUGGUCUCAUCAAUAUAUAUAAUUCAGAUAUCACAGAUGAAGAAGAGGCGCUGCACCAGACCAUCAAUCAUGGAGCCUCAAUUCACCAUGCCAAUUUUAUUACUGGAACUGACAUAUACGCCCUAUCGCAUGAUGAAAAUAUGUCCAUAUACGACUUAGUGACCAGUCUAGAUGAAAGCACUAGCCCAAUGCAUCAAGUUCACUUCAAUGAUGUAAGGAAGAAGCUCGGGGGGGAAUAUGUCGCACAAGUUAUUGGAAGGCAAGAUGGAAGCGCAGUAUUGGGAAUGGGAAUACACAGCCUCGAGUCCUUCGAAUUAAUCCAACUAAAAAACAACUCACCUUGGGCUUUCAUGACUGAUGAGAAAGUUACUUUACUUGGGGGUCAUGGCUCGGACAUUAUUAGAUCCUUCUGUUUCCUAGACUCACACCAAACUGUAUUUACUUGCGGAGAAGAUGGUCACAUCAAGGCAUGGAAAGGUGAAUAG